UUGAACGCAGCAUCUGGAUACUAGACUCUUGGCUUUUUUUUCCCCCCGCACCCGUGAGGUAUUUGAAGCGCUUGUACUCUUGAAUGGUGAUAAUACCUGGGGAUGGCAGACGUUGAUGUGCAAGAGACGCGACAGCCCGCCAAAGACUCGCCGUUCUCCAUCAAGAACCUGCUGAACAUCGAGGAUAAGCCCGACAAGCCGAAAAGCUUGGUCGCCUCGUCCGAAGGAGUGUUUGAGGGCAACUUCUUUUCCCGGCUGGGCGACAUCGCCUUCCCUCGUUUCGAGCUGCCUGCUCAGAGAAUCGGACUAUCCGCGCAGUAUCUGGAGAGAGCAUCCGCCUGGUGGUACCCCUACACUCUCGGGGCUCACCUGAGGAGCGCAGGCUCUGAGAAGGCCCCGAAAGAGCAGCAGGCUGCGGUGCUGGAGAGGCGCUCACCGGAUCAACCAAGAAGCGAUGACGUUAAAGAUGAGAGCGCGGAUGAAGAUAUCACCUUGGACGAAAGUGACAGCGAGGAACCAAAGAAAGAGGACACGCAGGAGGACGAUUGGAGAAGAAAAGAAGACGAACUGGACUCGGACAAGAAGCCGUGCCGGAAGAAAAAGACCCGCACCGUGUUUUCCCGGAGUCAGGUCUUCCAGCUGGAGUCCACCUUUGACAUCAAACGGUACUUGAGUAGCUCGGAAAGGGCGGGUCUGGCGGCGUCCCUCCACCUGACGGAGACCCAGGUCAAGAUAUGGUUUCAGAAUCGGAGAAACAAGUGGAAACGGCAGCUGGCGGCCGAGCUGGAAGCGGCCAAUCUGAGCAACGCGACGGCCCAGAGGAUAGUGCGGGUCCCCAUACUGUACCACGAGAGCGGGGCGCCAGACACGAGCGCGGGUCCUGGUAGGAACUCGCCCGGGAGCCACUCCGUCCUCGCGUUUCCCCACCACAUGUACUAUUCCCACUCAGUGCCGCUGCUGAGGCCAGUUUAACAUCAACCUACGUGCGCGUGAGAGCUGUUUUUUUUAACAAGAGUGAAAUAUGAAUGACUACAAAACACAGUUUGUAUAUUUUGUAAAAAGCGUCCACGUUUUAUUUUCAUUAUUAUUUCAAACAAACACCUGCUGUUAUUUGUGUCAUGCGAUAUAGUGAAUAUAUUUAAAAAGAAAACAGUUUUGACAGGACCAGUGUGUAACUAUGUAUCUUGUGUCUGUGGCUUCGAUUGCGGACAUUUUAAAUAUUCCUAAUAUAUCGUGCAAUAUUGCUGACUUCAUUGUAUCAACCCUUGCCAUAAACCAAAAUCCCAUUUUAUUUUCGAAUGGGACAAUCAUGGGAUUCUGCGAGAAAGUGCGUUGUUUUCAAAGCCAUGAAAGAGCCAAA